UUUAUAGAGUCGAGAAGGGGAAGUCGAGUCCCCAGCACCGAGUCCACCAGCUUGCACAGAACCGCACCCUGUUUCAGAACAGAGUCUCACUCUGAAUCAGCGACUCGCUGCGCACAGCACACGCCGGGUCCCCAGCGCUCCUUCACGGUACCGCACAGCUCGAUUCACCGCUCCAUUCCCACGAUGACGCGGGGCUUGCUCUACCUAACCGCGUUCUUUACGGCCGGUCUGGCAAAGACAGCAGUGGAGUUCAGUGGCGAGCCCCACUCCCACACCGCCAUCUUGGGCGAGACCACCACAAUGACAUGCCACGUGCACCCCAAGGUCAGGAGAAGUGACCUGGCCUGGGUGAAACUGUGGAAGCCGGCGGUGAACCGCACGGAGACGAUCAACAUGACGGACAGCGACUUCGUCACCGUCGCAAGCAACGAAACGGCCAGCACCUUGAAGAUGCGGGACCUGAAACGCAAUGACAGCGGGCUGUACCAGUGUGUCCUGAGAGAGGGGGCGGACCAGCAGUUCUCUCACGGGACCUACCUUCGGGUCAUCAGGCCCGCACCCCCCAGGCUGCUCAACAUGAGCGAGGGGGCGAAGAACAAACUGAUCACAGCACAGGGGAUCAUACUGCUGCUGUGUGUCCUGCUGCCUGGGACCGUGCUGCUGUACCAGACAAAACAAAGGAAUAUGAGAAACUAUGAGAUGAAGUACAACAAGGAAGAGGAGGAGAAUAUCUAUGAGGGUUUGAACCCGGAGGAUUUUUCCUUGUAUCAUGAUCUGACCCAUACUACAGUGCGGAGCCCCUACCAGGACGUGGGGAGCAUGGGGAGCAUGCAGGGCUACGACACACAGCUGGAGAAACCAUGAGCCAACCGGAACACACACCAGAACCGGAACACAGAACACACACCCCGGAACACCGGAACCAGAACACACAACACAGAACACACACACCCCGGAACCAGAACACACACACCUGAACCAGCACACAGAACACAGAACACACACACACCGGAACCAGAACACACAACACAGAACACACACACACCGGAACCAGAACACAAACACCUGAACCAGCACACACAACACAGAACACACACACACCGGAGCCAGAACACAAACACCUGAACCAGCACACACAACACAGAACACACACACACCGGAACCAGAACACACAACACAGAACACACACACCCCGGAGCCAGAACACAAACACCUGAACCAGCACACACAACACAGAACACACACCCCGGAACACCGGAACCAGAACACAAACACCUGAACCAGCACACACAACACAGAACACACACACACCGGAACCAGAACACACAACACAGAACACACACACCCCGGAGCCAGAACACAAACACCUGAACCAGAACACACAACACAGAACACACACACCCCGGAACCAGAACACAAACACCUGAACCAGCACACACAACACAGAACACACACACACCGGAACCAGAACACAAACACCUGAACCAGCACACACAACACAGAACACACACACCCCGGAACCAGAACACGGAACACACAUACCGGAAUCGGAACACACACCAGAACACAGAACAGCUAGGAUGCUUGGUUUGGAUACACGACUCUCUGUAAAGUGUUUUUUAUGAAUGCCGUGUUCGGGGCUUAUCAAAGAUUGUUUUUUAUAGCUUUUUGAUGUGCGUGUGGGUCUGACUGCAGAGCUGUUUGAAAUGAGAGGCAAAUGAUCUCAUCUUAUCAGUCAGCAUUGAUCUCAGCAUUACCAGUCAGCAUUGAUCUCAGCAUUACCAGUCAGCAUUGAUCUGACUCGCCCCGCUGGGUAUGUGCUGAUCUGCUGUUCCAUUGCUUGAAACAGGGAGAUGCAUCUUCUAUCUAUUACAGCAGAAACCGCUUGCAUAGCAAGCGAACGAGACCCGGUCUCACAAAAGUGUGUGCUUCAUAGUGUAGGUGCUCCUCGCUUUUGUAUUAUUAUUAUCCAUCUCCCUGUACUUAAUUUGCAUAAAUAAAUAAAUAAAUAAAGCUUCUAUUUUCAGUCUACAACGAUUUCAUGUAAUAACAUUUCAACCUGUCUGAACUUAUUAAAAAUAACUAACACAAA